AUGAGGCUGGGGCUGCCAGUCCUGCUGCUGGUCCUGGUCUUGGCUAGGGGUUCCCAGCCACAGGAGUGGCACUCCAAGGAGGCCCAUACUGUCAACUGGGACAAGUUUUCAGGGUUCUGGUACAUUCUGGCAGUGGCCAGUGAUGCACAGGGAUUCCUGCCGGCCAGAGACAAAAGGAAGCUGGGGGCAUCUGUAGUGAGAGUGAAGAAGACAGACCAGCUCAAGGUGGUCACUGCCUUUAGCCGGCCACAGGGGUGCCAGUCACAGGAGGUGACCCUGCAGAGGGACAGAAAGAAGACUGUGUUCAGGAACACCUGUGCGUAUGGAGGGGGCCUUGUGUCCACUGGCUCUCUUCCAGUGAGAGGGGUGAAGGCCUUCCGAGUGCUGGCCACCGACUACAGCUACGGCCUGGUCUAUCUGCAGUUGGGGAGGGUGGCCAUCACCCAUAGGACCCUGUUGCUCCUCCAUAGACAGAAUGUGUCGAGUUUCCAGAAUCUGAGAGACUUCAUGGACUGGUGUGACAUCUUGGCCCUUACCAAGACUGCAGUGGUCCUCCCAAAAGAUGCGUCCUGUGCAUACACCAUCCUGCCUUGA